CGCCUGCGCAGAAGAUCGAGGACGCAGCAGCAGAGAAGAGUUAUUUCCGAGUCAGUAUUAUUUCUGAGGUUCUAGACUCGGUUUUGUCUGUUUGCUGGAACUGAGAGCUGAUGAUGGUGGAGAACUCUCCUUCUCCUCUGCCAGAGAGAGCCAUCUACGGCUUCGUGCUGUUUCUGGGCUCGCAGCUCGUCUUCUGUCUGUAUGUGGUCUGGGCUGUGGUUCCUGACGCUUGGCUUCACUCGGCUGGACUGACGUACUGGCCUCAGAAAUACUGGGCUCUGGCGGCACCCAUCUACCUGCUGGUCACUUUAAGCACCUGUCUAGUGCUGCUGUUCGGGGUGAAUCUCAUGAACACGGCUCCGCUUGCAUCCGUGCACAACAUCACAGAUCACUACGCCAAGAGUCAGCGUGCGGACGAGGAUCAGGAUGGAGCCAUUCCCAGACUCCGAGACGUUCCCAUCAGUGAAGUAAACCGUGUCUUCUUCCUGGAUCCUGGCGCGCAGUGAUGUGUUUGCUCAGGGUUUAGACGAUCAGAUCCAUCAUCCUCGUGACAGGCCUGAGAUCUGACCGUCAGGUGACCCUUGACCCUUGGACAGACCUGUGCUGUGUCUCCAGAGCAUCGCACACACACUGAAGAUAUGAUCUACUUCUGAAGCACUUCAGCAGAGCUUCAGGUCUUCCUCAAACUCCUGAUG